UAACAUAAUCACUUACUCUGUGGUACAGUAAUAAUAUUCCGUUAGACCGAGACUGAUCGAAAAUGUUUAUAAAAUUUUGCUUACGUCUAUAUUAUUUUGUAAUUGAAAAUUAAAAUAAAUGCAAAAAUUUAAAUCACAUAAAUAAUUCUUACGUAUUAAGGAUUUAAAAUGGAUUUGGAGUCGACGAAAGCUAUAAAAAAUCGGAAAAAUAGAAAGGAACACAGCAAACAAAAUGAGGUCAGGAAAGUUUAUGAAACAGAGAAUUGUGAACAAAGUUUAAAAUUAUUAAAAAGAGAAGUUGGUGAUGGUGCCGCAGCACAAAAUGAAAAUGAAUGCGAACAUGAUAAUUAUCAAGGAGAUACAAACAUAUCACAUAGAUAUUAUUUAAAAAUCGAAAUUGAUAUAAUAUUCCUUAUUCUUUUAGGUUUAGGUCUUUGCACCAGAUUGUAUAACUUAGACAAUCCUCAUUACAUUGUUUUUGACGAACUACACUAUGGUAGAUAUGUAUCACUUUAUACAAAAGGGGUUUUCUUUUUUGAUGCUCAUCCACCAUUAGGGAAACAGUUAUUAUAUUUAGCUGGUCGAGUGGCUGGCUAUGAUGGGAAUUUCACAUUUGAUAGAAUAGGAUCUCCAUAUACAGAAAAUGUACCUGUAACAGCUUUAAGAAUUAUACCAGCAAUUAGUGGGAGUCUUCUUGUUGCACUUUCAUAUCAAUUUAUGUUAGAGACUUCAGUACACCAAGGGACUGCUGUAUUAGCUGCUUUAUUGGUUUUAUUUGAAAAUAGUCUUCUCACCCAAUCCAGAUUCAUGUUGUUAGAAAGUAUACAAAUUUUGUUUGGAAUGUGGGGAACUUUGAGUGUUAUUAAAAGCACAAGGAAAACUGGCCUAGCUUCAAUUUUAUGGCUUUGUAUAGGAGCAGUGUCACUUGGAUGUUGUUUCUCCAUAAAAUAUUCAGGGUUUUACACAUAUUUUUUGGCAUUUAUUUUGGUUGGUCGUCAAAUGUGGAACAGAAUAGGCCAAGUUGAAUCUACCUUACGCCUUGCAAUGUCGGUAUUAUGGAGAGUAGCUAUAUUGAUCGCAAUACCUCUCAGUGUGUAUGUGGGUGUUUUUUAUGCACACUUGGCUAUGCUACCCAAAGCUGGACCUCAUGAUAGCGUUAUGUCUAGUGCAUUCCAAGCAUCAUUACAAGGAGGCCUUGCUAGUAUAACUAGAGGACAACCAUUACAUGUUGCACACGGUUCCCAGAUAACAUUAAGACAUUCCCACGGUCGCACAUGCUGGCUGCACUCGCACGCGCAUGUGUACCCGGUCCGCUACUCGGACGGGCGCGGCUCCUCCCACCAGCAGCAGGUCACUUGCUACAGCUUCAAGGACGUGAACAACUGGUGGAUAGUGAAGCGACCCGACGUGUCGUCGCUCACCGUGUCGUACCCGCCGGACGCGAUACGACACGGCGAUAUCGUGCAGCUGGUGCACGGGCUCACCACUAGAGCGCUCAACUCGCACGACGUGGCUGCAGCUGUGACGCCGCAAUCACAGGAAGUAUCGUGCUACAUCGACUACAACGUGUCGAUGCCAGCGCAGAAUCUGUGGCGGGUCGAGAUCGUAAAUCGCGAGUCCGAGGAAGCCACAUGGGACAGCAUCCACUCGCUGGUGCGGCUCAUUCACGUGCCCUCGGGCUCCGCCCUGCGAUUCAGCGGUAGGCAGCUGCCGGCCUGGGGCUUCCACCAGCACGAGGUGGUCGCAGAUAAGGUCACCGACCACCAGGAUACCGUGUGGAAUGUUGAGGAACAUCGAUAUUCUAAAUCGGAGGACCGGCGGGAGCGCGAGCGCGAGCUCGUGUCCGCGGAGAUGAUCCCCACCGCGGCGACGCGGCUCUCCUUCUGGGCGAAGUUCGUGGAGCUGCAGCGCAAGAUGGCGGCGCACGCGGCCGACGCGCCGCACGGCCACAUGUUCGCGAGCGAGCCGCACCACUGGCCGCUGCUGCAGCGCUCCAUCGCCUACUGGCUCUCGCCGGACUCCAACGCUCAAGUACACCUGAUUGGCAACCUAGUGACCUGGUAUGCGGGCACUCUUUCAGUAUUAUUGUAUGGUGCAUUCCUUGUACUAUAUGCGAUUCGAACAAGAAGAGCUAUCACAGAUCUCCCGCCCAGAGCUUCACAGAAAUUCUAUGACGCCGGAUGCAUUCUCUUUCUAGGCUAUUGGCUCCACUACAUCCCCUUUUUCUUCAUGGAUCGAACACUUUUCUUACAUCACUAUUUACCCGCUUAUAUGUUUAAGAUAUUACUUCUUUCUUUUGUCGUAGAUCACAUCUAUUAUAUAAUACAAAAGCGAGAAAGGACACGAUCCUUCGCUCACAUAUUUAUAUUCUGCAUAGCCAUUUGGCUGGCCUAUGUAAUACUCACUUUUAAAAAGUUUAGUGUACUCAGUUAUGGAAACACAGAUCUCACCGAAGUCGACUUAAUGAAUCUCAGAUGGAAAGAUACGUGGGACUUUAUUCUACAUAAAAAGUAGAAUAUGCCUAUAUAACAUAAGAACUACUAUAAUACUGUACAAGUAAUGCCAUUCCAGUUGAUAGAGUUGUGAAACUUAGUCAUUAGUAUUCAUACAAGACUUAUUAUUUAUAAAUAUUUAAUGUAAGGAAAACAUUUUAUUUUAUAAUUUUUUUAUUUUUAUUUUCUUAACUCUUUAUAUGAAUUAACAUUGUAAUACAUAUCUUAUAAACGACCCAAUGCUAUUAAAAUAUUUUACAAACA